UUGGAGAUGCUCUUGAGCCCUUCGCGCCACCUACCACCCUGCGGUCGAUCACGGGCUCACGAUGGCCGCGCUCGCAGAUCUCAUGCCGUGCCCCGCGAAAUGGCCGGGGGCGGCGAUGGCGGCGCUCGCGGCCGCCGUGUUCGCGGCCCUCGACGUCGUCGACGUGCUCCUCUGCCUCGUCUACGGCGUCCUCGACGGCUUCCUGGAGGAGAGCCCGCUCGGCUGCUACUGCCACCGGAACCGCGGCAAGGCGGCGGCGACGGGGGAGGAGGAGGCCGACGGGGUGUCCGACACAUUGUACGUCCGGAGGAGCGCGUGCCGGGACGCGCUGCUGCGGCUCCUCGGGCCGGUCGGCGGGGGGACGAGGAGGAAGGAGGACGCGUCGCCGGCGAAGGCCCGGAGCCCGCGGUGGUCCGACUGCGGAUGCGGGAAGUGCGGGAAGUGGUGGAGCAACGGCGGCGACCGGCUGCACUUCGUCCUGCAGGAGCCGACGGCGCCCAACAAAGGUGCAGAGGAGACGCGGAGCGAGAGUGAUCGCGGAGACGACGCCAUCUUCAUCCACGGCUUCACGUCCUCCUCCUCCUUCUGGGCGCAGACCGUGUUCCCCGAACCCGCCGCCGCGAACCACCGCAGGCUGAUCGCCGUGGAUCUCCUCGGCUUCGGCGACAGCCCCAAGCCGGCGAACUGCGCGUACACGUUGCGGGACCACGUCGAGGCCAUCGAGCGGAGCCUCGUCGAUCCGCUCCACCUGGGCUCCUUCCACCUCGUCAGCCACUCGAUGGGCUGCACCAUCGCCAUCGCCCUGGCCGCCAAGCACCCGGCGCGGGUCAAAUCGGUCACGCUCGUCGCCCCGCUGUACUUCCUGCCGUGCGAGGAGAGGGCGAGCCAGGUGGCCCUGCGCAGGCUCGCCGAGAAGAAGCUCUGGCCGCCGUUGCUGUUCGGCUCGGCGGUGAUGUCUUGGUACGAGCACAUCGGGAGGACCAUCUGCUUCGUCGUCUGCAAGAACCACCGGUUCUGGGAGUGGCUCAUCAAGAUCCUCACGCGCACGAGGGACACAUUUGCCUGGAUCUCUGCCAUUUUGCUCAUGCAUGUACUUCAUCAGCGGCGUGGACAUCGUGGUGAGGGACCUGACGAGGCACACGCACCACUCGGCGUGGCACACGAUGCACAACGUGAUCUGCGGCGGGGCGAGGGCGCAGGACCGGAACCUGGAGGCGCUGGCGGCGGCGGGGGUGCCGGUGAGGGUGGUUCACGGCGACGCAGACCAGGUGGUCCCGGUCGAGUGCAGCAGCCGCCACCUGAAGUCGAAGCUCCCGCACGCGGAGCUCCGUGUCGUGGGCGGGCGCGACCACAGGACGGUGGUGUUCGGGAGGGAGGAGGAGCUGGCCCAAGAGCUCCGGGCGUUCUAGUCGGGCUGCGAGAAGGCAGGGUGUGCAGGCUAAUGGAUACUGGGGAAUGAAACGACGCGAAGUCUCAAACGAUGCCGGAUAGUCAGUGUACAGAACUACAGGAUGAAACUGUAGGAAACAUGUUGUUCUUCUCUUACAGCAGCGGGAUUCUUGCUGGUAUUUUUUUUAGAAUGAAGGCAUCACGCCAUGUUCCAUUUCUCAUUGAAAUGAAGCAAAGUCUAUACAAAAUCA